AUGCUGCCGUUAGAAAGUCCUCUGAAGUCGUUCGUGGAUUUUCCCACAUGCGCCUUCUCCGACUUUUACUCCACGUACGAUGCAGGUUAUGAAACGGAUCAGGGCCUGGUGUCGUCGCCUUCGUCGGAAUCCGAAUGCGACAGUGUCUCGACCGGAAGCUGCCUGAUACAAACGCAACACCUGUAUGAUACCAAGUGUUCUACCAUUGCGUCUUCGCCUCCCACAGAAUCACAUUUUCAAUCAGAUUUCGGACCAGAAAUCCGCUAUGCACUCUUGGAAGGCAUGCAAUUCGGCUCAACCAUCGACUGCCGGCAAAGGGUCGUUCCAGAGCAGCAAGAUACUCUCUGGUCUACGUCUUCAUCAUCACCCUGUUGUUUCCAAGAAACGCACCCAACAAGCGCGAGGAACGAAGUUCUAUUUUCCAUCAAAUCAGAACCCCCCUCGUGUACCACCACCAUCGUCAACGACAGAUUUCGGGUAGAAAAUGGCACGACUGAUGGGUUUGGCGAAAGUCACGAAUUCACUGGCCACGAAUCGAAUCUGCAAUACGCCUCCGCUGCUGGGAACGACAUUAAGGCACCCUUCGAAGAUGCGGAUUGCGUCGCGUUUUUGAGCGUCAGCAAUGACGAAGACUACUGGUCUCGACGUCGGAAUUCUCAGAAGGAGGCAGAACGAGUCUUGGGGCCAGUGGACGACGAGCAUUUGCUGGAUGUCGAUCCCGCCGGGUUGUCCCUGUCACCGUCGCCAUCCCUGUCGGACGCCUUUCUGCAAGAUGCUGAGGAUUCGCAAAGUUCUCUUUUCGAGGCAACCGACUUGGAGAAAAUUUGCAGAUGGUCCGGAUGUUGGGAAAGGUUCUCAACACAAUCUGAACUCGUGAACCACAUUGAAUCGCGACACGUUGAAGGAAAAGCUCGUCGAGCACUGCUCAAGUACACGGAAACCCUUCUGACAGGUGCUGCAGACUUUGGCAAGUUGCGAGCGAUGUUCAACGAGCAGGCGUUUUCCAGGCUGGAAAAUCUCAAGAUACACAUGAGAUCGCACACAGGAGAAAGGCCGUACCAGUGUCAACACCAGGAUUGUCCAAAGGCAUUUUCAAACUCCUCCGACCGAGCGAAGCAUCAACGGACUCACGUCGACACUAGGCCUUACGCUUGCACUUUCGAAGACUGCGGAAAACGAUACACGGAUCCGUCUUCACUGAGAAAACACAUGAAGAAUCAUCCGAGUCGAGCGGAUCAGCCUUCUACUCCAUCCGAAUUGGAAGAAAUGGAUUCAUCUUGGUGACAAUUUUUGGAAAUGAAACGGAUGAAACACAAGAAGAAAAAAGCUUUCCUCGAGAAAAUUAAAAAUAUUUCUGCGAUGAAUGCGUGGAAAAUUCUCGGAGAAAUAAAAACAAUAAAUGAAAGCGAUUUUAUUGGAGAACCUGCAAUUUCAGCUCGUAUUUGCAUGCACUUCUCAUUACAGCGGAACGGAUGUGUUUUGAAGUCUAUUCUUGAACGCUCAUUUGUGUGAACUGUUUGAAAUCGAUUUUUUUUUUCCUUGCGGGAAACUUGAGGCAAUAAAACUUUUGACUGAUGACAAUGUGAAAACAUCA